GACGGAGGACAGAAAGAUGGCGGCCUCCUUGCGGAUGGGUCGUCAAGGGAUUCUAAUCGGGUUAAGAUUAAUUAAAGUUAAAAAAUGCUCAUGGACACCACAACCAGGCAAUGUACUUCUGAGGCACUUUUUCCAAUCUGCAUCUUUUCUUGGGGCGCCCCCUCUGAAGGUGCAGAUGCCUGCACUCUCCCCCACCAUGGAGGAGGGCAGCAUUGUCAAAUGGCUGAAGAAAGAAGGUGAGCCGGUGGCUGUUGGUGACGCGCUGUGUGAAAUCGAGACUGACAAGGCCGUGGUCACCAUGGAGUCCAGCGAGGACGGCGUCCUGGCCAAGAUCUUGAUGGAGGAGGGUAGUCGUGGUGUGCGUCUGGGCACACUCAUCGCCCUCAUGGUGGAAGAGGGCGAGGACUGGAAACGGGUAGAGAUCCCGCCCCCCGAGGUGGCUCCGCCCAGCCCCGCUGGCCCCACCCCACAGGCUAUAGCUCCGCCCCCUGCCCCGGCCCCCGCCCCAGCCGCUCAGGCCGCCCCCAGCGCAGCCCAUCCCGGGGAAGAGCUAAGACUGAGCCCGGCUGCCCGCCACAUCCUGGACACGCUCGGGCUGGACCCACAGCUGGCCACGCCCACUGGCCCCCGAGGCCUCGUCACUAAGGAAGAUGUCCUGAACCUGUUAAAAAAGACAGAUGCCGCGGCUCCAGCCACAACCGUAACCACAGCCCCAGCAGCCCCAGCAGCCCCUGCUCCCGCCCUCACCCCGGCAGCCCCAACACCAGCCACCAAACCACCCGCUGCCCCGGCUUCUGCGCGGCCUACGUACCCUCCAGUCUCAGUACCGGGCAAGCCAGGAGCGCCGGGCACCUUCACCGAAGUCCCCGCCUCCAACGUGCGCCGCGUCAUCGCCCAGAGGCUGACGCAGUCCAAGACCACCAUUCCGCACGCCUACGCCACCAUCGACUGCGACCUGGGCGCUGUCCUGCAGUUGCGCAGAGACCUGGCCAAAGAGGAAAUCAAGGUGUCCGUCAAUGACUUCAUCAUCAAGGCCGCUGCGGUCACACUGAAAGAGCUCCCGGAAGUGAAUGUGACCUGGGCAGGGGAGGGGCCACAGGCCCUGGAUUCCAUCCAUAUUUCCAUCGCCGUAGCGACGGACCGAGGCCUCAUCACCCCCAUCAUCCGGGAUGCAGCCAGCAAGGGCGUGCAGGAGAUCUCAGCCAACGCCAAGGCCCUGGCACAGAAGGCGAGGGACGGCAAACUGCUUCCAGAGGAAUACCAGGGCGGCUCUUUCAGCAUCUCCAACCUGGGCAUGUUCGGCAUCAGCGGGUUCAGCGCCGUUAUCAACCCGCCCCAGGCCUGCAUCCUGGCUGUGGGGCGUUCCCGGGCCGAACUGCGCCCCCCAGAGGACCCCGCCCAGGGUGGCCUCAGCCGGCAGGAGCUCAUGACCGUCACCCUGUCCAGCGACGGGCGGCUCGUGGACGACGAGCUGGCGUCUCGCUUCCUGGACAAGUUCCGGGCCAAUCUGGAGAAACCGCAACGCAUGGCACUGGCUUAGAGAGAGAGAGAGAGGGGGGGGGGGGGGGGGGAGAGAGAGAGGAGAGGGGAUUUUCGAGAGAUGGAGCAGGUGGAGUUCAGGCAGUGUGCUACUGUUUAAUAUGCAGAAGAAUGGACAGUAUCACAUGUGUAAGAUAGCUGCUUGCAACGUCUCAGUGGGUUCGCUGUAUUUCCUUUAAUUGGUGACAUUCAUAUGGAAUUCAACAGCAAUUCAUUCACUUCUUGCCUAUUUUGUUUUUUUAAAACCUACCACCAACCCCCCUCCCCCCCCCCUGCAUUUUUUUAGGCACCUCAGAAAUGUAUAUAUUUGAAUCUGUGGUGGCUGCUGCAGAAGAGACGUGUUACUUCUGGUCAAACACAUUUGUCUUUACUGUUGCGUCUAUACUGUACUAAAUGUACCUGCACAGUUCCCAUAGCAACCCCAUAAAAACCUCCGAGGGUCUGAUGGCCGUACGCUGAGGGCUCUUGUGUGUUAGGCCGCUCGUUUGCGGCGCGGAGCCACGCUGCUCUGCUGCUGAACGCCGCUCCAGCGCUCUCCGCUCGGACUCUAAACAGUUCCGCUGAGUACAGGACAGAUUGCCAGCGUGUGCGACUACUUCCCAAGAUCCUGUUCUUUGUUCUAAGUUAUUAAAAAGCCGUAUGUCUAGCCAAAUCAAUAAAAAUCAAUUGCAGAAACUUA